AUGUGCAAAGGUGAUAUGGCACGAAUGCGUCUGAUCGCCUCAACCUCUUGGCUAAAGUUGGCCCGAUCUCAAUCCUUCGUAGAUGUUAUCAAAGUGGAAUGGCAUCAGUCGAUGUCUUACAUCCUUUGUGAUCCCUGCCCUCAGGUUCGAGGAUACUUUUUAACUAAGUUGAGUCGUGGACUCUUUAGACUCCAGCUACCUCUUGAGUACAUGGCCAUAUUUGCGCAUGCAGCAGAAGUACCAGAUCCUACCUUCCGUCAACGAGCUCGCCAGUCACUGGUCGCCAACAUUGCUAGGCGCAGAGAAUAUCUCGAACAGCAUCCCACUGUUAAUACCCUGCCAAGUAUGUUUGUGAACGCAAUAGUGCAUAUUUAUAAGUUAAACGAUGACUUUAUUUACCUUGAUGAUUCCGAUAGAACUGAAUAUAGUGCUACACAUGUAUUCACUACUCUUCUCCUAAAAAUAAGUGCAGACGGCUUGUUUUUAGUGAUUUUUAACUCUGUCACCAAUAGGGAAUAUUUGGCUAAGUAA